AUGAUUAGGAAUCAAGUUGCUCUGAAGAUCGGCCAGCUGAUGCGAAAACUUUUUCCUAUCGAAAAACCACAAGAAAUAACAACACCAAAGUCCAUACCCGAUAUACUGGAGGAUAUUAAAAAGAUACUUCAGGAAACAACAACAAAAAAACAAGAAGACAAGUCGACAAAUGAAGCAGAAAUCAAUAAACAAUCAACAGACACUACUGAAGUCACAAGCAAAACUCCUACAGAAGAAUUUACCACUGAGGAAAUAAGCACAACAGAAGCUACCGAGUUAACUGAAAACACAAGUGAAACUUUUGCAGAAGAAUCGACCACUGAGGAAGGAAGCACUACAGAAUCAACAGAAUCUACUGAAGUCACAAGUGAAACUCCUGCAGAAGAAUCGACCACUGAGGAAGGAAGCACUAUAAAAUCAACAGAAUCUACUGAAGUCACAAGUGAAACUCCUGCAGAAGAAUCGACCGCUGAGGAAGGAAGCACUAUAGAAUCAACAGAAUCUACUGAAGUCACAAGUGAAACUCCUGCAGAAGAAUCGACCACUGAAGAAGGAAGUACUACAGAGUCAACAGAAUCUACUGAAGUCACAAGUGAAACUCCUGCAGAAGAAUCGACCACUGAAGAAGGAAGCAGUACAGAAUCAACAGAAUCUACUGAAGUCACAAGUGAAACUCCUGCAGAAGAAUCAACCACUGAAGAAGGAAGUACUACAGAGUCAACAGAAUCUACUGAAGUCACAAGUGAAACUCCUGCAGAAGAAUCGACCACUGAGGAAGGUAGCACUACAGAGUCAACAGAAUCUACUGAAGUCACAAGUGAAACUCCUGCAGAAGAAUCGACCGCUGAGGAAGGAAGCACUAUAGAAUCAACAGAAUCUACUGAAGUCACAAGUGAAACUCCUGCAGAAGAAUCGACCGCUGAGGAAGGAAGUACUACAGAGUCAACAGAAUCUACUGAAGUCACAAGUGAAACUCCUCCAGAAGAAUCGACCACUGACGAAGGAAGCACUACAGAAUCAACAGAAUCUACUGAAGUCACAAGUGAAACUCCUGCAGAAGAAUCGACCACUGAAGAAGGAAGCACUAUAGAAUCAACAGAAUCUACUGAAGUCACAAGUGAAACUCCUGCAGAAGAAUCGACCACUGAAGAAGGAAGUACUACAGAGUCAACAGAAUCUACUGAAGUCACAAGUGAAACUCCUGCAGAAGAAUCGACCACUGAGGAAGGAAGCACUACAGAAUCAACAGAAUCUACUGAAGUCACAAGUGAAACUCCUGCAGAAGAAUCGACCACUGAAGAAGGAAGUACUGCAGAGUCAACAGAAUCUACUGAAGUCACAAGUGAAACUCCUGUAGAAGAAUCGACCACUGAGGAAGGAAGCACUACAGAAUCAACAGAAUCUACUGAAGUCACAAGUGAAACUCCUGCAGAAGAAUCGACCACUGAGGAAGGAAGCACUAUAAAAUCAACAGAAUCUACUGAAGUCACAAGUGAAACUCCUGCAGAAGAAUCGACCGCUGAGGAAGGAAGCACUAUAGAAUCAACAGAAUCUACUGAAGUCACAAGUGAAACUCCUGCAGAAGAAUCGACCACUGAGGAAGGAAGCACUACAGAAUCAACAGAAUCUACUGAAGUCACAAGUGAAACUCCUGCAGAAGAAUCGACCACUGAAGAAGGAAGUACUGCAGAGUCAACAGAAUCUACUGAAGUCACAAGUGAAACUCCUGUAGAAGAAUCGACCACUGAGGAAGGAAGCACUACAGAAUCAACAGAAUCUACUGAAGUCACAAGUGAAACUCCUGCAGAAGAAUCGACCACUGAAGAAGGAAGCACUAUAAAAUCAACAGAAUCUACUGAAGUCACAAGUGAAACUCCUGCAGAAGAAUCGACCACUGAGGAAGGAAGCACUACAGAAUCAACAGAAUCUACUGAAGUCACAAGUGAAACUCCUGCAGAAGAAUCGACCACUGAAGAAGGAAGUACUGCAGAGUCAACAGAAUCUACUGAAGUCACAAGUGAAACUCCUGUAGAAGAAUCGACCACUGAGGAAGGAAGCACUACAGAAUCAACAGAAUCUACUGAAGUCACAAGUGAAACUCCUGCAGAAGAAUCGACCACUGAGGAAGGAAGCACUAUAAAAUCAACAGAAUCUACUGAAGUCACAAGUGAAACUCCUGCAGAAGAAUCGACCGCUGAGGAAGGAAGCACUAUAGAAUCAACAGAAUCUACUGAAGUCACAAGUGAAACUCCUGCAGAAGAAUCGACCACUGAAGAAGGAAGUACUACAGAGUCAACAGAAUCUACUGAAGUCACAAGUGAAACUCCUGCAGAAGAAUCGACCACUGAAGAAGGAAGCAGUACAGAAUCAACAGAAUCUACUGAAGUCACAAGUGAAACUCCUGCAGAAGAAUCAACCACUGAAGAAGGAAGUACUACAGAGUCAACAGAAUCUACUGAAGUCACAAGUGAAACUCCUGCAGAAGAAUCGACCACUGAGGAAGGUAGCACUACAGAGUCAACAGAAUCUACUGAAGUCACAAGUGAAACUCCUGCCGAAGAAUCGACCGCUGAGGAAGGAAGCACUAUAGAAUCAACAGAAUCUACUGAAGUCACAAGUGAAACUCCUGCAGAAGAAUCGACCGCUGAGGAAGGAAGUACUACAGAGUCAACAGAAUCUACUGAAGUCACAAGUGAAACUCCUCCAGAAGAAUCGACCACUGACGAAGGAAGCACUACAGAAUCAACAGAAUCUACUGAAGUCACAAGUGAAACUCCUGCAGAAGAAUCGACCACUGAAGAAGGAAGUACUACAGAAUCAACAGAAUCUACUGAAGUCACAAGUGAAACUCCUGCAGAAGAAUCAACCACUGAAGAAGGAAGUACUACAGAGUCAACAGAAUCUACUGAAGUCACAAGUGAAACUCCUGCAGAAGAAUCGACCACUGAGGAAGGUAGCACUACAGAGUCAACAGAAUCUACUGAAGUCACAAGUGAAACUCCUGCAGAAGAAUCGACCACUGAGGAAGGAAGCACUACAAAAUCAACAGAAUCUACUGAAGCCACAAGUGAAACUCCUGCAGAAGAAUCGACCACUGAGGAAGGAAGCACUAUAGAAUCAACAGAAUCUACUGAAGUCACAAGUGAAACUCCUGCAGAAGAAUCGACCACUGAAGAAGGAAGCACUACAGAGUCAACAGAAUCUACUGAAGUCACAAGUGAAACUCCUGCAGAAGAAUCGACCACUGAAGAAGGAAGCAGUACAGAAUCAACAGAAUCUACUGAAGUCACAAGUGAAACUCCUGCAGAAGAAUCAACCACUGAAGAAGGAAGUACUACAGAGUCAACAGAAUCUACUGAAGUCACAAGUGAAACUCCUGCAGAAGAAUCGACCACUGAGGAAGGUAGCACUACAGGGUCAACAGAAUCUACUGAAGUCACAAGUGAAACUCCUGCAGAAGAAUCGACCACUGAGGAAGGAAGCACUACAGAAUCAACAGAAUCUACUGAAGUCACAAGUGAAACUCCUGCAGAAGAAUCGACCACUGAGGAAGGUAGCACUACAGAGUCAACAGAAUCUACUGAAGUCACAAGUGAAACUCCUGCAGAAGAAUCGACCAUUGAGGAAGGAAGCACUACAGAAUCAACAGAAUCUACUGAAGUCACAAGUGAAACUCCUGCAGAAGAAUCGACCGCUGAGGAAGGAAGCACUAUAGAAUCAACAGAAUCUACUGAAGUCACAAGUGAAACUCCUGCAGAAGAAUCGACCACUGAAGAAGGAAGCACUACAGAGUCAACAGAAUCUACUGAAGUCACAAGUGAAACUCCUGCAGAAGAAUCGACCACUGAAGAAGGAAGCAGUACAGAAUCAACAGAAUCUACUGAAGUCACAAGUGAAACUCCUGCAGAAGAAUCAACCACUGAAGAAGGAAGUACUACAGAGUCAACAGAAUCUACUGAAGUCACAAGUGAAACUCCUGCAGAAGAAUCGACCACUGAGGAAGGUAGCACUACAGAGUCAACAGAAUCUACUGAAGUCACAAGUGAAACUCCUGCAGAAGAAUCGACCGCUGAGGAAGGAAGCACUAUAGAAUCAACAGAAUCUACUGAAGUCACAAGUGAAACUCCUGCAGAAGAAUCGACCACUGAAGAAGGAAGCACUACAGAGUCAACAGAAUCUACUGAAGUCACAAGUGAAACUCCUGCAGACGAAUCGACCACUGAAGAAGGAAGUACUACAGAGUCAACAGAAUCUACUGAAGUCACAAGUGAAACUCCUGCAGAAGAAUCGACCACUGAGGAAGGAAGCACUACAGAAUCAACAAAAUCUACUGAAGUCACAAGUGAAACUCCUGCAGAAGAAUCGACCGCUGGGGAAGGAAGCACUAUAGAAUCAACAGAAUCUACUGAAGUCACAAGUGAAACUCCUGCAGAAGAAUCGACCACUGAAGAAGGAAGCAGUACAGAGUCAACAGAAUCUACUGAAGUCACAAGUGAAACUCCUGCAGAAGAAUCGACCACUGAAGAAGGAAGUACUACAGAAUCAACAGAAUCUACUGAAGUCACAAGUGAAACUCCUGCAGAAGAAUCAACCACUGAAGAAGGAAGUACUACAGAGUCAACAGAAUCUACUGAAGUCACAAGUGAAACUCCUGCAGAAGAAUCGACCACUGAGGAAGGUAGCACUACAGAGUCAACAGAAUCUACUGAAGUCACAAGUGAAACUCCUGCAGAAGAAUCGACCGCUGAAGAAGGAAGCACUAUAGAAUCAACAGAAUCUACUGAAGUCACAAGUGAAACUCCUGCAGAAGAAUCGACCACUGAGGAAGGAAACACCACAAAGUCAACAGAAUCUACUGAAGUCACAAGUGAAACUCCUGCAGAAGAAUCGACCACUGAAGAAGGAAGCACUAUAGAAUCAACAGAAUCUACUGAAGUCACAAGUGAAACUCCUGCAGAAGAAUCGACCACUGAAGAAGGAAAUAUUACAGAGUCAACAGAAUCUACUGAAGUCACAAGUGAAACUCCUUCAGAAGAAUCGACCACUGAAGAAGGAAGCACUAUAGAAUCAACAGAAUCUACUGAAGUCACAAGUGAAACUCCUGCAGAAGAAUCGACCACUGAAGAAGGAAAUAUUACAGAGUCAACAGAAUCUACUGAAGUCACAAGUGAAACUCCUGCAGAAGAAUCGACCACUGAAGAAGGAAGCAGUACAGAGUCAACAGAAUCUACUGAAGUCACAAGUGAAACUCCUGCAGAAGAAUCGACCACUGAAGAAGGAAGUACUACAGAAUCAACAGAAUCUACUGAAGUCACAAGUGAAACUCCUGCAGAAGAAUCAACCACUGAAGAAGGAAGUACUACAGAGUCAACAGAAUCUACUGAAGUCACAAGUGAAACUCCUGCAGAAGAAUCGACCACUGAGGAAGGUAGCACUACAGAGUCAACAGAAUCUACUGAAGUCACAAGUGAAACUCCUGCAGAAGAAUCGACCGCUGAAGAAGGAAGCACUAUAGAAUCAACAGAAUCUACUGAAGUCACAAGUGAAACUCCUGCAGAAGAAUCGACCACUGAGGAAGGAAACACCACAAAGUCAACAGAAUCUACUGAAGUCACAGGUGAAACUCCUGCAGAAGAAUCGACCACUGAAGAAGGAAGCACUAUAGAAUCAACAGAAUCUACUGAAGUCACAAGUGUAACUCCUGCAGAAGAAUCGACCACUGAAGAAGGAAGUACUACAGAGUCAACAGAAUCUACUGAAGUCACAAGUGAAACUCCUGCAGAAGAAUCGACCACUGAAGAAGGAAGUACUACAGAGUCAACAGAAUCUACUGAAGUCACAAGUGAAACUCCUUCAGAAGAAUCGACCACUGAGGAAGGAAGUACUACAGAGUCAACAGAAUCUACUGAAGUCACAAGUGAAACUCCUGCAGAAGAAUCGACCACUGAGGAAGGAAGCACUAUAGAAUCAACAGAAUCUACUGAAGUCACAAGUGAAACUCCUGCAGAAGAAUCGACCACUCAAGAAGGAAGCACUAUAGAAUCAACAGAAUCUACUGAAGUCACAAGUGAAACUCCUGCAGAAGAAUCGACCACUGAAGAAGGAAGUACUACAGAGUCAACAGAAUCUACUGAAGUCACAAGUGAAACUCCUGCAGAAGAAUCGACCACUGAAGAAGGAAGUACUACAGAGUCAACAGAAUCUACUGAAGUCACAAGUGAAACUCCUGCAGAAGAAUCGACCACUGAGGAAGGAAGCACUACAGAGUCAACAGAAUCUACUGAAGUCACAAGUGAAACUCCUCCAGAAGAAUCGACCACUGAGGAAGGAAGUACUACAGAGUCAACAGAAUCUACUGAAGAAGCACUACAGAAUCAACAGAAUCUACUGAAGUCACAAGUGAAACUCCUGCAGAAGAAUCGACCACUGAAGAAGGAAGUACUACAGAGUCAACAGAAUCUACUGAAGUCACAAGUGAAACUCCUCCAGAAGAAUCGACCACUGAGGAAGGAAGUACUACAGAGUCAACAGAAUCUACUGAAGUCACAAGAGAAACUCCUCCAGAAGAAUCGACCACUGAGGAAGGAAGCACUACAGAAUCAACAGAAUCUACUGAAGUCACAAGUGAAACUCCUGCAGAAGAAUCGACCACUGAAGAAGGAAGUACUACAGAGUCAACAGAAUCUACUGAAGUCACAAGUGAAACUCCUGCAGAAGAAUCGACCACUGAGGAAGGUAGCACUACAGAGUCAACAGAAUCUACUGAAGUCACAAGUGAAACUCCUGCAGAAGAAUCGACCACUGAAGAAGGAAGUACUACAGAGUCAACAGAAUCUACUGAAGUCACAAGUGAAACUCCUGCAGAAGAAUCGACCACUGAAGAAGGAAAAGAAUCGACCACUGAAGAAGGAAGCACUACAGAGUCAACAGAAUCUACUGAAGUCACAAGUGAAACUCCUGCAGAAGAAUCGACCACUGAAGAAGGAAGCAGUACAGAAUCAACAGAAUCUACUGAAGUCACAAGUGAAACUCCUACAGAAGAAUCAACCACUGAAGAAGGAAGUACUACAGAGUCAACAGAAUCUACUGAAGUCACAAGUGAAACUCCUGCAGAAGAAUCGACCACUGAGGAAGGUAGCACUACAGAGUCAACAGAAUCUACUGAAGUUACAAGUGAAACUCCUGCAGAAGAAUCGACCACUGAGGAAGGAAGCACUACAGAAUCAACAGAAUCUACUGAAGUCACAAGUGAAACUCCUGCAGAAGAAUCAACCACUGAAGAAGGAAGUACUACAGAGUCAACAGAAUCUACUGAAGUCACAAGUGAAACUCCUUCAGAAGAAUCGACCACUGAGGAAGGUAGCACUACAGAGUCAACAGAAUCUACUGAAGUCACAAGUGAAACUCCUGCAGAAGAAUCGACCAUUGAGGAAGGAAGCACUACAGAAUCAACAGAAUCUACUGAAGUCACAAAAUCUACUGAAGUCACAAGUGAAACUCCUGCAGAAGAAUCGACCACUGAAGAAGGAAGCACUACAGAGUCAACAGAAUCUACUGAAGUCACAAGUGAAACUCCUGCAGAAGAAUCGACCACUGAAGAAGGAAGCAGUACAGAAUCAACAGAAUCUACUGAAGUCACAAGUGAAACUCCUGCAGAAGAAUCAACCACUGAAGAAGGAAGUACUACAGAGUCAACAGAAUCUACUGAAGUCACAAGUGAAACUCCUGCAGAAGAAUCGACCACUGAGGAAGGAAGCACUACAGAAAGAAUCGACCGCUGGGGAAGGAAGCACUAUAGAAUCAACAGAAUCUACUGAAGUCACAAGUGAAACUCCUGCAGAAGAAUCGACCACUGAAGAAGGAAGCAGUACAGAGUCAACAGAAUCUACUGAAGUCACAAGUGAAACUCCUGCAGAAGAAUCGACCACUGAAGAAGGAAGUACUACAGAAUCAACAGAAUCUACUGAAGUCACAAGUGAAACUCCUGCAGAAGAAUCAACCACUGAAGAAGGAAGUACUACAGAGUCAACAGAAUCUACUGAAGUCACAAGUGAAACUCCUGCAGAAGAAUCGACCACUGAGGAAGGUAGCACUACAGAGUCAACAGAAUCUACUGAAGUCACAAGUGAAACUCCUGCAGAAGAAUCGACCACUGAAGAAGGAAGCACUAUAGAAUCAACAGAAUCUACUGAAGUCACAAGUGAAACUCCUGCAGAAGAAUCGACCACUGAGGAAGGAAACACCACAAAGUCAACAGAAUCUACUGAAGUCACAAGUGAAACUCCUGCAGAAGAAUCGACCACUGAAGAAGGAAGCACUAUAGAAUCAACAGAAUCUACUGAAGUCACAAGUGAAACUCCUGCAGAAGAAUCGACCACUGAAGAAGGAAAUAUUACAGAGUCAACAGAAUCUACUGAAGUCACAAGUGAAACUCCUUCAGAAGAAUCGACCACUGAGGAAGGAAGUACUACAGAGUCAACAGAAUCUACUGAAGUCACAAGUGAAUCUCCUCCAGAAGAAUCGACCACUGAGGAAGGAAGCACUACAGAAUUCACAGAAUCUACUGAAGUCACAAGUGAAACUCCUGCAGAAGAAUCGACCACUGAGGAAGGAAGUACUACAGAAUCAACAGAAUCUACUGAAGUCACAAGUGAAACUCCUCCAGAAGAAUCGACCACUGAGGAAGGAAGCACUACAGAAUCAACAGAAUCUACUGAAGUCACAAGUGAAACUUCUGCAGAAGAAUCGACCACUGAAGAAGGAAACACUACAGAAUCAACAGAAUCUACUGAAGUCACAAGUGAAACUCCUGCAGAAGAAUCGACCACUGAAGAAGGAAGCACUAUAGAAUCAACAGAAUCUACUGAAGUCACAAGUGAAACUCCUGCAGAAGAAUCGACCACUGAAGAAGGAAUGAAACUCCUGCAGAAGAAUCGACCACUGAGGAAGGAAGCACUACAGAAUCAACAGAAUCUACUGAAGUCACAAGUGAAACUCCUGCAGAAGAAUCGACCACUGAAGAAGGAAGUACUACAGAGUCAACAGAAUCUACUGAAGUCACAAGUGAAACUCCUGCAGAAAAAUCGACCACUGAGGAAGGUAGCACUACAGAGUCAACAGAAUCUACUGAAGUCACAAGUGAAACUCCUGCAGAAGAAUCGACCACUGAGGAAGGAAGCACUACAGAAUCAAAAGAAUCUACUGAAGUCACAAGUGAAACUCCUGCAGAAGAAUCGACCACUGAGGAAGGAAGCACUACAGAAUCAACAGAAUCUACUGAAGUCACAAGUGAAACUCCUGCAGAAGAAUCGACCACUGAAGAAGGAAGUACUACAGAAUCAACAGAAUCUACUGAAGUCACAAGUGAAACUCCUGCAGAAGAAUCGACCACUGAGGAAGGAAGCACUACAGAAUCAACAGAAUCUACUGAAGUCACAAGUGAAACUCCUGCAGAAGAAUCGACCACUGAAGAAGGAAGUACUACAGAAUCAACAGAAUCUACUGAAGUCACAAGUGAAACUCCUGCAGAAGAAUCGACCACUGAGGAAGGAAGCACUACAGAAUCAACAGAAUCUACUGAAGUCACAAGUGAAACUCCUGCAGAAGAAUCGACCACUGAAGAAGGAAGUACUACAGAAUCAACAGAAUCUACUGAAAUCACAAGUGAAACUCCUGCAGAAGAAUCAACCACUAAGGAAGGAAGCACUACAGAAUCAACAGAAUCUACUGAAGUCACAAGUGAAACUCCUGCAGAAGAAUCGACCACUGAGGAUGAAAGCACUACAGAAUCAACAGAAUCUACUGAAGUCACAAAAGAAUCGACCACUGAAGAAGGAAGUACUACAGAGUCAACAGAAUCUACUGAAGUCACAAGUGAAACUCCUGCAGAAGAAUCGACCACUGAAGAAGGAAGUACUACAGAGUCAACAGAAUCUACUGAAGUCACAAGUGAAACUCCUGCGGAAGAAUCGACCACUGAGGAAGGAAGCACUACAGAAUCAACAGAAUCUACUGAAGUCACAAGUGAAACUCCUGUGGAAGAAUCGACCACUGAAGAAGGAAGUACUACAGAGUCAACAGAAUCUACUGAAGUCACAAAAUCUACUGAAGUCACAAGUGAAACUCCUGCAGAAGAAUCGACCACUGAGGAACGAAGCACUACAGAAUCAACAGAAUCUACUGAAGUCACAAGUGAAACUCCUGCAGAAGAAUCGACCACUGAAGAAGGAAGUACUACAGAGUCAACAGAAUCUACUGAAGUCACAAGUGAAACUCCUGCAGAAGAAUCGACCACUGAGGAAGGAAGUACUACAGAGUCAACAGAAUCUACUGAAGUCACAAGUGAAACUCCUGCAGAAGAAUCGACCACUGAGGAAGGAAGCACUACAGAAUCAACAGAAUCUACUGAAGUCACAAGUGAAACUCCUGCAGAAGAAUCGACCACUGAAGAAGGAAGUACUACAGAGUCAACAGAAUAUACUGAAGUCACAAGUGAAACUCCUGCAGAAGAAUCGACCACUGAGGAAGGAAGCACUACAGAAUCAACAGAAUCUACUGAACUCACAAGUGAAAUUCCUGCAGAAGAAUCGACCACUGAGGAAGGAAGCAAUACAGAAUCAACAGAAUCUACUGAAGUCACAAGUGAAACUCCUCCAGAAGAAUCGACCACUGAGGAAGGAAGCACUACAGAAUCAACAGAAUCUACUGAAGUCACAAAAGAAUCGACCACUGAAGAAGGAAGUACUACAGAGUCAACAGAAUCUACUGAAAUCACAAGUGAAACUCCUUCAGAAGAAUCGACCACUGAGGAAGGAAGUACUACAGAGUCAACAGAACCUACUGAAGUCACAAGUGAAACUUCUGCAGAAGAAUCGACCACUGAGGAAGGAAGCACUACAGAAUCAACAGAAUCUACUGAAGUCACAAGUGAAACUUCUCCAGAAGAAUCGACCACUGAGGAAGGAAGCACUACAGAAUCAACAGAAUCUACUGAAGUCACAAGUGAAACUCCUCCAGAAGAAUCGACCACUGAGGAAGGAAGCACUACAGAAUCAACAGAAUCUACUGAAGUCACAAGUGAAACUCCUGCAGAAGAAUCGACCACUGAAGAAGGAAGCACUACAGAGUCAACAGAAUCUACUGAAGUCACAAAAGAAUCGACCACUGAAGAAGGAAGUACUACAGAGUCAACAGAAUCUACUGAAGUCACAAGUAAAACUCCUGCAGAAAAAUCGACCACUGAGGAAGGAAACACUACAGAAUCAACAGAAUCUACUGAAGUCACAAGUGAAACUCCUCCAGAAGAAUCGACCACUGAGGAAGGAAGCACUACAGAAUCAACAGAAUCUACUGAAGUCACAAGUGAAACUCCUGCAGAAGAAUCGACCACUGAAGAAGGAAGUACUACAGAGUCAACAGAAUCUACUGAAGUCACAAGUGAAACUCCUGCAGAAGAAUCGACCACUGAGGAAGGAAGCACUACAGAAUCAACAGAAUCUACUGAAGUCACAAGUGAAACUCCUCCAGAAGAAUCGACCACUGAAGAAGGAAGUACUACAGAGUCAACAGAAUCUACUGAAGUCACAAAAUCUACUGAAGUCACAAGUGAAACUCCUGCAGAAGAAUCGACCACUGAGGAAGGAAGUACUACAGAGUCAACAGAAUCUACUGAAGUCACAAGUGAAACUCCUGCAGAAGAAUCGACCACUGAGGAACGAAGCACUACAGAAUCAACAGAAUCUACUGAAGUCACAAGUGAAACUCCUCCAGAAGAAUCGACCACUGAGGAAGGAAGCACUACAGAAUCAGCAGAAUCUACUGAAGUCACAAGUAAAACUCCUGCAGAAAAAUCGACCACUGAGGAAGGAAACACUACAGAAUCAACAGAAUCUACUGAAGUCACAAGUGAAACUCCUGCAGAAGAAUCCACCACUGAGGAAAGAAGCACUACAGAAUCAACAGAAUCUACUGAAGUCACAAGUGAAACUCCUGCAGAAGAAUCGACCACUGAGGAAGGAAGCACUACAGAAUCAACAGAAUCUACUGAAGUCACAAGUAAAACUCCUGCAGAAAAAUCGACCACUGAGGAAGGAAGUACUACAGAAUCAACAGAAUCUACUGAAGUCACAAGUGAAACUCCUCCAGAAGAAUCGACCACUGAGGAAGGAAGCACUACAGAAUCAACAGAAUCUACUGAAGUCACAAGUGAAACUCCUGCAGAAGAAUCGACCACUGAAGAAGGAAGUACUACAGAGUCAACAGAAUCUACUGAAGUCACAAGUGAAACUCCUGCAGAAGAAUCGACCACUGAGGAAGGAAGCACUACAAAAUCAACAGAAUCUACUGAAGUCACAAGUGAAACUCCUCCAGAAGAAUCGACCACUGAAGAAGGAAGUACUACAGAGUCAACAGAAUCUACUGAAGUCACAAAAUCUACUGAAGUCACAAGUGAAACUCCUGCAGAAGAAUCGACCACUGAGGAAGCAAGCACUACAGAAUCAACAGAAUCUACUGAAGUCACAAGUAAAACUCCUGCAGAAAAAUCGACCACUGAGGAAGGAAGUACUACAGAAUCAACAGAAUCUACUGAAGUCACAAGUGAAACUCCUCCAGAAGAAUCGACCACUGAGGAAGGAAGCACUACAGAAUCAACAGAAUCUACUGAAGUCACAAGUGAAACUCCUCCAGAAGAAUCGACCACUGAAGAAGGAAGUACUACAGAGUCAACAGAAUCUACUGAAGUCACAAGUGAAACUCCUGCAGAAGAAUCGACCACUGAGGAACGAAGCACUACAGAAUCAACAGAAUCUACUGAAGUCACAAGUGAAACUCCUCCAGAAGAAUCGACCACUGAGGAAGGAAGCACUACAGAAUCAACAGAAUCUACUGAAGUCACAAGUGAAACUCCUCCAGAAGAAUCGACCACUGAGGAAGGAAGCACAACAGAAUCAACAGAAUCUACUGAAGUCACAAGUGAAACUCCUGCAGAAGAAUCGACCACUGAAGAAGGAAGCACUACAGAGUCAACAGAAUCUACUGAAGUCACAAAAGAAUCGACCACUGAAGAAGGAAGUACUACAGAGUCAACAGAAUCUACUGAAGUCACAAGUGAAACUCCUUCAGAAGAAUCGACCACUGAGGAAGGAAGUACUACAGAGUCAACAGAAUCUACUGAAGUCACAAGUGAAACUCCUGCAGAAGAAUCGACCACUGAAGAAGGAAGCACUACAGAGUCAACAGAAUCUACUGAAGUCACAAGUGAAACUCCUGCAGAAGAAUCGACCACUGAGGAAGGAAGCACUACAGAAUCAACAGAAUCUACUGAAGUCACAAGUGAAACUCCUGCAGAAGAAUCGACCACUGAAGAAGGAAGUACUACAGAGUCAACAGAAUCUACUGAAGUCACAAGUGAAACUCCUUCAGAAGAAUCGACCACUGAGGAAGGAAGUACUACAGAGUCAACAGAAUCUACUGAAGUCACAAGUGAAACUCCUCCAGAAGAAUCGACCACUGAGGAAGGAAGCACUACAGAAUCAACAGAAUCUACUGAAGUCACAAGUGAAACUCCUGCAGAAGAAUCGACCACUGAAGAAGGAAGCACUACAGAAUCAACAGAAUCUACUGAAGUCACAAGUGAAACUCCUGCAGAAGAAUCGACCACUGAGGAAGGAAGCACUACAGAAUCAACAGAAUCUACUGAAGUCACAAGUGAAACUCCUGCAGAAGAAUCGACCACUGAAGAAGGAAGUACUACAGAGUCAACAGAAUCUACUGAAGUCACAAGUGAAACUCCUUCAGAAGAAUCGACCACUGAAGAAGGAAGUACUACAGAGUCAACAGAAUCUACUGAAGUCACAAGUGAAACUCCUCCAGAAGAAUCGACCACUGAGGAAGGAAGCACUACAGAAUCAACAGAAUCUACUGAAGUCACAAGUGAAACUCCUGCAGAAGAAUCGACCACUGAAGAAGGAAGUACUACAGAGUCAACAGAAUCUACUGAAGUCACAAGUGAAACUCCUGCAGAAGAAUCGACCACUGAAGAAGGAAGUACUACAGAGUCAACAGAAUCUACUGAAGUCACAAGUGAAACUCCUUCAGAAGAAUCGACCACUGAGGAAGGAAGUACUACAGAGUCAACAGAAUCUACUGAAGUCACAAGUGAAACUCCUGCAGAAGAAUCGACCACUGAGGAAGGAAGCACUACAGAAUCAACAGAAUCUACUGAAGUCACAAGUGAAACUCCUGCAGAAGAAUCGACCACUGAAGAAGGAAGUACUACAGAGUCAACAGAAUCUACUGAAGUCACAAGUGAAACUCCUGCAGAAGAAUCGACCACUGAAGAAGGAAGUACUACAGAGUCAACCGAAUCUACUGAAGUCACAAGUGAAACUCCUGCAGAAGAAUCGACCACUGAAGAAGGAAGCACUACAGAGUCAACAGAAUCUACUGAAGUCACAAGUGAAACUCCUGCAGAAGAAUCGACCACUGAGGAAGCAAGCACUACAGAGUCAACAGAAUCUACUGAAGUCACAAGUGAAACUCCUGCAGAAGAAUCGACCACUGAGGAAGGAAGCACUACAGAAUCAACAGAAUCUACUGAAGUCACAAGUGAAACUCCUGCAGAAGAAUCGACCACUGAAGAAGGAAGUACUACAGAGUCAACAGAAUCUACUGAAGUCACAAGUGAAACUCCUGCAGAAGAAUCGACCACUGAAGAAGGAAGUACUACAGAGUCAACAGAAUCUACUGAAGUCACAAGUGAAACUCCUCCAGAAGAAUCGACCACUGAAGAAGGAAGCACUACAGAAUCAACAGAAUCUACUGAAGUCACAAGUGAAACUCCUGCAGAAGAAUCGACCACUGAAGAAGGAAGUACUACAGAGUCAACAGAAUCUACUGAAGUCACAAGUGAAACUCCUGCAGAAGAAUCGACCACUGAGGAAGGAAGCACUACAGAAUCAACAGAAUCUACUGAAGUCACAAGUGAAACUCCUGCAGAAGAAUCGACCACUGAAGAAGGAAGUACUACAGAAAGAAUUGACCACUGAGGAAGAAAGCACUACAGAAUCAACAGAAUCUACUGAAGUCACAAGUGAAACUCCUGCAGAAGAAUCGACCACUGAAGAAGGAAGUACUACAGAGUCAACAGAAUCUACUGAAGUCACAAGUGAAACUCCUGCAGAAGAAUCGACCACUGAAGAAGGAAGUACUACAGAGUCAACAGAAUCUACUGAAGUCACAAGUGAAACUUCUGCAGAAGAAUCGACCACUGAGGAAGGAAGCACUACAGAAUCAACAGAAUCUACUGAAGUUACAAGUGAAACUCCUGCAGAAGAAUCGACCACUGAGGAAGGAAGCACUAUAGAAUCAACAGAAUCUACUGAAGUCACAAGUGAAACUCCUCCAGAAGAAUCAACCACUGAGGAAGGAAGCACUACAGAAUCAACACAAUCUACUGAAGUCACAAGUGAAACUCCUGCAGAAGAAUCGACCACUGAAGAAGGAAGCACUACAGAGUCAACAGAAUCUACUGCAGUCACAAGUGAAACUCCUGCAGAAGAAUCGACCACUGAGGAAGGAAGCACUACAGAAUCAACAGAAUCUACUGAAGUCACAAGUGAAACUCCUCCAGAAGAAUCGACCACUGAAAAAGGAAGCUCGACAGAAUUUAUUGAAACUACAACGAUCGACACGAGCGAUAUGAUUCCAGAAUGCGCUGAGUACAUGUUACCUCCUCCGAGACCCCAACACCUCUUUAAUGAACUUAAGCCUCAUUUAGGAAAGCCUUCCCUAUCUGUUCAGAGAAAACAAAUUCCAGCUGUGAAAGCUACAGUGAAAACCAUUAGUCGGAUUUCCGUCAAGUCAUCGGACUACAAAGGUGCAGUUCGAACAGUGUUGAAAAAAUUCGAGACAGAUUUCCAUUCAACAAUCGCGACAGCACGUGCCUUUUUGAACGCUACCAGAGUAAAAUUACUGUUCGAUUUGAAAGAUGAUAUCCAAAGCGAAUAUGACCGUUCAUCGAAGAUGAUGACAGACACCUUCAUUGCCACCGGAGUUUGCAAGAAGAAAAAUAUUGCCUGCUGGAACCGUGCCAGGGCAGCCUUGCCGAAGUUUGAGGAUGGUCUUAAUCAUGACGCUAAGGUUUGUGACGAUAUCUUCGGAACGCAGCUUGCCGCUCAUCGUGACGAAAGCGUCAAGAUACAAACCAUACAGCGGAUCAUUAACGAACUGGAGGAACUGAAGAGCAGAUGCUUGGAACAUUCGAAUGGGAACUCGUUUACUCGGAUCUGUCUGGGCAAGACGCUUACCAGAUCGCUGCUGAGGAGUGUUGCUUACUUUAGAAGCUUGCAAAACGCGAUAGAGCAGGAGAUAAAUUUGAGAAAGUAUAGCAACAACUUGACGAGUCAGUGCUACGCCAAUGCGUACCAGUCGAGGAAACCACUAUUUGAGCAUGGAGUCAAACGGCUGCAGAACUGUAUUAAGAAUUUAGCAGAAGAGAAAGAGUCAAAUGAAGUGGAAUUGGAUUGAACGUCACUUUUCACGUCUAUUUAAGGACAAGAUUCAUGGAAGCCAUAAAUGGCCGCUAACACGACUGAUUUUACAAGGCUAUUUGUGGAUUCUAUCAACCUUAACACAUUAAAAAAUCAUGGAUAUGGCUCUUGCAUUGAACCUGGUCAAAUGUUUGCAAUUUUUAUGCGAAGGAAAAAGUGAUACGAAAGAGCUAAU